UGGAAUCGAGAGGGAAAAUUGGAAUUUUAAAUUGGAUUUCGCCCGCUUCAGUUGAACCCUAAUCCGAAGGUGGUGAUUUCCAAAACAAGAGAGUGAAAUGUCGAGAUUUGAUUACCCAACACUCCCUCGACAAGACAUCAUCGCUGUAUUAGCGGAAGCUCAAAUAGCGUCUGUCUCCGACGAAGAUCUCAUCAAACCCACCCCCGACUUUGUCACCAAACUCUACUCCAGCAUUCUUCUCCAUAUCGAUACUCUACAGGAUGAUCAUGACCAGGUGGAUUUCUCCGCUCUGGAACACCUUGAGAACCCGGAUCUUCAUGUCGACUCUUUUCGGACCAUUAAUUUGUUUCAUAAGAUAAGGGACAUGUUGGCUGCUUUGGAUUGUCCAGAGAUAUUUACUCUAAGGGAUUUGAUCAAGCCUGACCCUGAUCGCACCCGCUUCUUUGUCGGAGCCAUCCUCAACUUUUGUCUUCACAGGGACACUAAAUUAAAUGCUAUAAGGCCGAUUGUGGAAGAUCUGACUCUCAUUGAUGAACAACGGCUUGCUCUGGAGGCUAGAAUAUCUCAGUUAAAUGAAGAGAUUGCAGUACAAAAUGAAUCAAGAGAAAGGGAGAUGCCUUUGGUUCAAGAAAUAGAUUCUAAUGUUAAGGAACUGAGGCAAACAAUUUCUGGUCUUAACAAUCACCAAAUGUCCUUGAAGGCCUCAAUAAGAAAACUUAAGGAGAGGGCUAAAGAGAUAGAUGAAAAGAUUUCUAAUGCAGACUUUGCAUUGGUACAAGCUGUUCAUGACAAUGCCAAUUUGCGUUCUAAGAUUGUCCAAUCACCGGAUAAGCUUCAGAGAGCACUGGAGGAAAAGAAAUCAUUUCAAGCUGAGAUAAGGAAUGCUGAAAGAGCAGCAAUGCAGUCUUUUCAAAAUAAAACUGCAAUUCUUGAGGUUUAUACAAAGGCUUACAAGAAAAUGUCCAAGAACUUCAAUCAGAUGCAGGCUAUACAGGAGCAGGUUAAUUCAACUAAAUCUAUUGAGAAAGAUGUUAAGGUUCUCAAACUAAAGCUGAGUGAUGAAGAAGUACAGGAAAAGUCCCUUGAAGCUAAACUAGUUGAAAGGCAAGGAAAAGCGGACCAAUUGGAAGAAUUAAGAAAGCAAUUAGAGAAAGAAAGAAAUCUUAGUUUUGAGGAGGCUGCCAAAGAAUUGAAAAAUGUAAAGUUGGAAGUGGAAUCAAAGAGGCAUGGUCUUGAAGCUAGGCAAAAUGACUUGGAAGGUGUACUUGCAGAGGCGGAUGCAAUAACUGAAAAAAUUAACUCAGUAAGGGAGUCUGGAGCAUCAAAAUGCCAAGAAUUGGACCGUAAUUGCGAAGAAGUCAUAGCAGAGUUUUAUCGCCACUCAAACUCAAUCAAAGACUUGCUACCGGACAUUGAAGUGGACGAGACAAGUGUUGAGAAAAGGAGUUGAUCUUUAACUAUAUCUUACUCUUAUAU